AUGUCCUUGGAAAUUUAUCAUGGUUCAACCCGACGCAGAUAUCCAUCAGCAGGUCUUUUGGAGAAUGACGUUGUUAUCACCACUUAUGAUACCCUAAAAAGCGAGUGGCGCAAUCAAUCUGAAGAUAGCGUCUUGUUUCGCAAAUCUGAAAUGUGGGCUCGCGUUGUUCUCGAUGAAGCCCAUCGAAUACGUAAUCGCUCUUCAAAAACCUUUGAAGCCACCUGCGCUGUUCCCUCACUGAACCGGUGGUGCUUAACAGGAACCCCGACACACAACAAGCUAGAUGAUUUCGGAGCCUUACUGUCUUUUAUUGGUGUUCCUCCUUUUGAAGGCCAAAGAGGCAGGGCAUCCUUCGAUUACUGGAUCAAUUCUCCCACGAAAACCUCUAUUGAAGACUCACAUGGUCUUGAUCGCUUGAGGACACUGGUUUCCACAACUUGCCUGCGACGAAUGAAAGAUUCUGUACAAACUCAAUUGAAGCUCCCUCGACGUAUUGAGAGGGAGCAUCUUGUUGAAUUGGAUUUGACAGAAGGCAAGUUGUAUAACUUCUUCAAGUCUCAAGCUUCUCGCGUUGUGACUGGCAGGUUGACACACGGUAGCAUGGUAAGUCAGGCACACCCGGGUGGCAUUCUGCCAUUGAUCAACCUUUUGAGAUACAUAUGCAACCACAGAGAAGCGCUUUUGCCUUCUUCUGCGGCAGAACUAUGGAAAAACAGGACUGUAUCAUCAUUCAGUUCGAGAACAGAGGCGGAGAUUUCAGAACCUACGACCCUGGAGAGCCAAUGCCCCCAAAAUUCAGAGUUUCAUUACAACCCCUCCACAAAGGUCAAGGCCCUGAUUACGAAUCUUGGAAAUGAGCAAGGAACAAAUUCUCGUGAAAGUGGAGAGCUACCAAUCAAAAGUGUCAUAUUCAGCUGCUGGACGAAGAUGCUCAAUUUAAUUGAGCCUGCGCUACAGAGAAACCAUUUUAACUUUGAGCGUAUUGAUGGCGACACGCCUCUGCCACAGCGAGUUAUAGCACUUGACCGAUUCAACGGAACUCCGAGUUGUACAGUUAUGAUUGCUACUAUCGGAAGUAUUGCUGAGGGAGUUAAUCUUACUGCGGCAAAUCAUGUCCACAUCGUCGAACCACAAUGGAACCCAAUGAUAGAGGCGCAGGCGCUAGAUCGAGUGCAUCGUUUUGGCCAAACACGCGAUGUAGUAGCAACAAGAUACAUUGUCAAAAAUUCUAUUGAGAUAUAUGUGCAGGAUCUUCAAAAAGCCAAAUUAAAACUUGGACAACAAUCACUUGGAGAUAAGUCUCUUUCUCAGACAAAUCUUGAUGAGAACUUGAAUAAUCUGAAGAAAUUUCUAGACAUAUCGGCAUAG